UGAUGGCUUCCAGCGAUAAAGCUCCUGAUUCAAUGCCGGUGGGCGACGGAUCAGUCCCACCCGGAAAACCCAUGACGAUGGGGCAUCAGGUUGUUGACAAAACUGCUCAGAUGCUACAAACCUUGAAGCCCAUUAAACAAAUGAGCCAGCAUGUCUGCACCUUUGCUGUCUAUGGCCAUGACAUGAGUCGCCAGAUCGAGACUCAUCACUACAUCACCCGUCUCAAUCAAGAUUUCCUCCAGUGCGCGGUUUAUGAUUCGGAUGAGCCCACUGCUCGACUUAUAGGCGUGGAAUACAUUGUGUCUGAUAGGAUCUUGGAUACUCUACCACCUGAUGAACAAAAGUUGUGGCAUUCCCAUGAUCAUGAGGUGACAUCAGGAAUGUGGAUGAAUCCUGGUGUUCCGGAGAUGAAUCAAAGGUCUGAACUUGAAAAUAUGGCGCAUACUUAUGGAAAGUUUUGGUGCACUUGGCAAGUCGAUAGAGGCGAUAAGCUUCCACUUGGUGCGCCAGCACUAAUGAUGUCGCCACAAAUGGUGAACAUGAGUGUUAUAAAGCCGGAGCUAGUGCGCGAGAGAGAUCGCAAAUUUAAGAUAUCAACUGAUGAGGCUAGGAAAUCAAGGGUUAAUUUUCCAGUAUCUAAGCCUGGGAAUGCACGAGUAGCAGACUACUGGAUGCACACGGGGAAGAGUUUCGCAGUUGACAUAGAACAGGUUGAGAUGAAAGACUUGGGAGGGCAGAAAAUACCCUCAAUCUAAA